AAGAUAGCAGUGUGCGGAAUGUUUUUAGUUGCAACGUGACUAACGUCCGUGACUGGCAAACCCAAGUUUACCUUUGCCGUCAUUCGUGUAUUAUAAAAAUGUUGAUUACGCUGUGAUAUUGGCAAAGAAUUUUGGAAACUGUGAUUAUUUUCGUGUUGAGAUUCCCAAAGCAAAAAAUGAAACAUUAGGCGUCGUCCAAGGCUGUGAACAACACGUAGAUACUUCACGGUCUACACUUCACGAUUGCGAAGUAAUCUUGAAUCAAUGACGACUUCCGCACUUAUUAGAAGCAUAAUUAAAAUUUCAAAUUCGCGCGCUGUGUUAUUAGUAUAAUUUGCUGUGGUUAGCCAGCGGGAAAAUCCAAUGGACGAUGCUUGCAAAGUGGUCGAUAUAAGAAUGGACGCCGACUGCGAGGAGGCGAUCCAGCACAUACGAAAUGGUGAAAAGUACAAGUAUCUUCUUCUCGGUCUGCGUGAAGGUCCGCAACUCCAUUUGGACGACUAUGGUUACAUGCACGAGGGAGUGGAACGUACGCUCUCGAGGUUGCGAUCGGAUCAGUGCUACUACAUGUUGUACUUUGACGACCAUUCCGCGGGAAAAGGAGAGCUUGUUUUGGUAGCUUGGCUUCCUAGGCAUAUUCAGAAUUGCGAAAGUGAUCUGUAUCACAGGGCUUUGAUGAUUGUUAAGGCGCUUUUGAAAGUCGAACAUCUUCUAAUCCUGAAUGAUGGAGUUGUGAGCUCGCCAACGUUUAAGGAUUCCAUUCGCAAGACACUUGCUUGCGCCAGAAAUAAGAAUAUAGUCCGCGUUCCCGCGCUGGACCAUCCGAUCGAUGUGGAAGGCCUCGGAUGCCUGUACUUUAAAAGGAUGUUCGCGAAUAGGGCGAAAAUCGCUCAGAUUGAUGCCGUAACCGGGAAAAGUACAACCCAUGGUGAGCUCCUGCGGGACUCUAUUCGGCUCGCGAUGAACAUGAAGGAGCGCGGAAUUGGAAGGGGGGACAUCGUGACGAUAUGCAGCAUCGACAACGACGUUGUAGCUAUGCCGACCUAUGCCACCCUCUUCUUGGGCGCAACAGUUUCCGCACUUGACGUGUCAUUUAGCUUAAACGAUUUUGUGAACAGCUUAGGCCAAAUUGCACCAAAAAUAAUGUUCGUGGAAUCCAAAGCGGUCGACAAAGUCGAACGAGCGCUAGAAAUUGUUGGGCAAAAGUGCGAACUGGUUGUUAUCGGAAAAGCGGAUGUUCACACACCCUUCUCAUCCUUAAUACAACCAGUACCCGGCGAAAACGACUUUCGCCCGAUACCGGCCAAAAGCUUACUUGACACCGCCUACAUUGUCUUCACCAGCGGUUCCACUGGUGUACCAAAGACAAUCUGCCACAACCACCACGCUCUCCAAUUCCAAUUACGUAACUUCAUAAGCACGCAGUUCUGUUGGGACCUCGUUCUCCACUACUCCACACCUUACUGGACGCUCUACACCAAAUUCCUAGGAAUGGCAACCAUCCUGGGCACGUCGCGACUAAUCUACCCCGACUUCAGCGAAAAAAGCUGGCAUUUCACCAAGUACAAGGUCACCUUCAUGUUCCUUUCCGUAUCGGAAAUCACCAGCAUGUGCGCCUACGAAAGGCCGAGGAACGUCGAUCUUAGCGGACUGAAGAUCAUGGUCGGCGGUAACGUCAUAAAUAAUGAUCAUCUGAAAAAGCUGGAGAAGGUAUUCUACGAUACCGAGAUCUAUCUCUCGUACGGAAUGACCGAGGUGCCGUGCGGAUUAACGACGUUCAAGCCUAACACGAAACUCGAUAGGGAACUGAAGAAGAAGUACCCAACGUCCGUUGGUCUGAGUGUUUCCGGUUUGUCAUACAAGAUCGUUGAUCCCGAAACCGAAGAAAUCCUGGGCCCGAACAAAAAAGGCGAACUGCGCAUCAAAACCCCGUUCCCGCUGAGCGGCUACUUCAAAGUGCAACCCUCCUCCCUCUGGGACUCCUUCGGCUGGCUAAAGAGCGGCGACCUGGCCUACUACACCGAGGACCACUGCUUUUACGUCGUCGAUCGCAUCAAAAACAUGUUCAAGUACAAGGACUACCACAUCGUGCCCAGCGUGCUCGAGCGCGCCCUCGAAUCGCACCCGUCCGUCCGCAAGGCGGCCGUCAUAGGCCUGCCGGACGAGGAAAACGGGCACCUUCCCCUCGGCGUCGUCAUAUUGAAAUCGACGCAGGAAUCGGUAACGGGAUCGGUCCUGCAGGCGUUUGUCGACGGAAAGGUGGCCGACUACGAGAGAUUGCGCGGCGGCGUAAAGAUUGUCGAUAAAUUUCCCACGACAUCAACCGGGAAAAUACGCAAAUGGUUAUUACAAAACAUGAUAAUUAAUGCAAAUUGAGUGCUGUUAUAGUAUUAAUUUUAUUAUUGUAUUUAAGUAAUGUAAGAUAUUUUUGUAUUAUACUUUAUAAAUAAACCUUGUUUUAACAUUCA